AAUUCUGGCAAAUUGUAUUGAAAGUACAUUAUGUCUAACUUAACGUCUAAAUAAUGAUUUUGGUUUUUCAUCUUGAAAAUCUUUUUUCAUCGGAUUGUGAAGCAUCUUAAGUGAACAUUUGAUGCUGAAGAAAAAUUAGAAUUACUGCAGGGAAAGGACAAGCAGAUUGUAGAAAAACUCAAAAUUGAUUGCUUUAUGGAAUGACUUUCUUAAAUUGUCAAAAAACUUAUUGACGUCAUAUUUUUGAUUGUGUGCAAAUUUUUUCGUUUUGCAAAUAUAUGUUAAUGCGUUGUAAGAAAAACCACAGAAGGUUGGAAUUGAAAACUAUUGUCCAUACUAGGAGUAGAUUCAAUUAUUCAUCCAUCAAUAUAUAACUGUCCUCAAGUCAUUGGAUAGCGACAGAAAAAAAUAUCAGGAUUUAAUCAAAACAGCAUGCAUUCUAGGAGAGAAAUGUCUGGACCACCUUAUAGCAUGGGAUGGAAUCCACAGAUGUACUAUUACACAUAUUCUCAAAGAGAAAGGAGAGCAGCACCUGGUGUAAUGCCUCAGGUUGGCAUGCAGGACCCUAUUAAUGCCCUACAGAAUCUAGCAAUGCAAGGCACACCAGGCAUGGGCCAACAAGCCAUGAUGACUCCACAACAGCAUGCUCAGCUGAAUGUAAGACAACAACAACUAUUCAAUCAACAACAACAGAUAAUGAAUAGAGCCAAUGCUUUGGCACAGUCUCAACCAAGGCCUCCUCUUCAGAGACAAGAUGCUUUCAUUGUAACCUCAGCUCAGCAUGUACCACAACAACAGGUAUCUCAGGUCCUACCAGCUGCUUCUCAAAUGGGUUUCAACCAGCAGGUACAGCCAGGAAUGCAAAGACAGAAUAUGAAUCAGAAUGCAGCUGCAGGACCACAACAGACCAUGCAGUCUCAGAACCCACAAUCUAUGGUCCACUCACCAGCGCCACCUAUGUCACAAAUAGCAUCUUCCCCAAUGUCUAUGAUGACCCCAUCACCGGUACCUCCUUCUCCAGCUGCCAGAGGUCAAGGGAUGUACGGAGUUCCCUCCCCCAGUAGCAACAUGAACACACCAGCAAUGAGUCAUGCAAGUCCUGCUCCACGAUCUGUUGAAGAACAAGCUUACUUGGACAAACUACAGAAACUGUCACGUUAUGUAGAACCAUUACGAAGAAUGAUAAAGAGAUUGUCUACUGAUAAAGAUGAAGAUCAUAAGAAAGACAUAAGCAAAAUGAAAAAUUUACUGGAAAUUCUAACAGAUCCAUCAAAAAGAUUGCCAAUGGCAACCUUAUUGAAAUGUGAACAAGUCCUGGAAAAAUUAGAACUACAUCACAGUAGUACAAGAACUACUCCUAGUAGUACAACAACAGUCACAACAGUUAGUUCACACAUAUGUGCUCCAUUGCUGGAGGCUGUAACAGCACACAUCAUGUCUCCAAUGUUUAACCACUCCCUACACAGAACAUUUGGUCCUGCAAUGACAGCUCUUUAUGGUGCUCCAAUAAGAGCACCGAGUCCUCCUCCUAGAAAGAGGAGGAAGAUAGAGGAAUCUGAUGAUGAGGAUGACAUUCCACAUAUCUUACAGGGAGAGAUAGCUAGACUGGGGGCACGAUUUAAAGUCAACUUAAAUCCUUUAUUUAACAGUAAAUCUAAGGCAGUACACUUAAUAUGUAAAUUAGAUGAUAAAAAUUUACCCAGUGUGCCUCCUAUAACUGUGACAGUACCAGAAAACUAUCCAGAUACCAGUCCAGAAUGUGACUCAAAACUUCCUGAAUAUGAAACAAAUGCUUUCCUGAAAUCAGUUCAUCAAUCCAUGUCUGUUUUAUUACUGAGAAUGCCAAACAGAUACACAUUUACAGAGCUGCUUGAUAAAUGGGAAAUGAGUGUAAGGAAAGCUUGUGCUGCCUCAGUUUGAACUUGCUAUGCUGGUAUCUGAUGGUGACAUAAGUGUACUGGGAACCAGGCUCAUUCCUGGCAGAAGGUUAUUCAAGAACUACUUAAAUA